AUAUUGCUGGCUAUCCUCUUCACGCUACAUGUGAUCUAUACAGUUUCCCGUCACCAGUCGUCUGUAAUACAAACAAAACUUAGCAUAACAGCGGAUACAUUGGAAAUUUUCGCUUCAGCCGCUGCGGUGCUCCUUUCUUUCUUGGAAGACCAGCGCUCAGUUGAACCUUCGGUUCUCCUAGCCAUCUACUUUUCGGGCCUGGUUGUGCUUACCAUACCGCGGCUCCGCUCACUAUGGUUGAUCCCUUCAAUCAAUUUAUGCAGAGGGCUUUUGACCGGCAUAUACAUUCUGACUGUUCUUGCUUUUCUUUUGGAAUCUAGCACGAAGUUCAGAUUGCUUAGAGCUACAUAUCAGCAUAAGAAAGCAUCGGUUUCUGGGGUCGAAGUCUAUUCCUCUGGGUCAAUCCUAUCGCUUAAUGAAAUUCCUGAACUCGAUCAAGAUCUGCAAAGUGAUGUGGCACUCGAGAAGCUCGAAAUCGCUUGGGCAAGCUCAAGAUCAGAGUUUCGACUUAUCAAAGCCGUGUUUCGGGCAUAUUCUCGGACUGCCCUGAAUGCAGUGAUCCCACGUCUUGCUCUUAGUGCAUUCAAAUUCUGUCAACCGUUCUUGAUCACAUCGACCAUAAACUACUUUGAAAGUGGCCUAUCAGACUCAACGGCUGAGACCAAAGAGUAUGGAUGA